AUGGGCAACAACCAGAACGUGGGCGUCCAGAACCCUGGUCCUCAGCAAUUGGCGGGAGGCAGUGCGUCGCGCGUGGUGGAGAUGCUGGAGAGUGCCAAGAACGAAUUUGAGAGCGUCCUGCAGCAACUGAACAUCGCCAAGAUCGAAAACUUGGAGUUGGAGCGCAAGAUCACGGCCCAGGUGGCGGAGAUGGAUCAGAUCCAACAGACUAUCAAGGCGUUGGAGCAGAACCAGCGCCGCAUUCGGCAGCAGUACGACGACGACGUACUCCGGCUGCGCCGGCAGCUGGAAGGCGGUAAGAUGAUGCCGCCUACACAACAGCAGAAGCGACCCCGUGACGACCAGAACGGAUCUCAGUCGAUGCCUCCGCUGCAAGUCAACACGGGGCCUCCGAUGCUUCCGUCGCGAGGCCCUCGCGGCACGAGUCCGGUGCGUGUGGCGCCAGCUCCUUCAAUGGGCCGUCCAGCUGGGCUGGACGACCGUGACCGCUCUCGGUCCAUGCAGCCUCAGCACCAGGGUCCGUUGGACCGCAGCCAGGAGCGUCCGAUGCAGCCUCAGUCGUUGGCGCCGUUGGAAGGGUCGCUGCACACCCCCACUGGUCGCCGAGGCCCCAUGCCUGGCUUGUCUUCUCGUAGCAACGACCAAGACGGCCGGUCUGGAGAAGACCUCCGCGACCGCCAGUCGCGAGAACAGUUGUCGGACCGCGACAACCAAGGCCGUCGCAUGCAGAUCCAAGGCCCCCCUGGCUCAGGAGGCAGCAAUGCCACCAGCAACAACAUGGGCGGAGAAGGGUCAGCGAGCUCUUCGCCGGUGCUGAAGAAGAGCAAGUCGACAAGCGGCAGCUCAGAGAUCCGGUCGUCGAAGAGCGGUUCGUCGAACGGGGGUCCUUCGUCGGGCCAACCGAGUCAUGGGUCUGCGCUGUCUGGUGGAGCGUCGUCUGGUGGGUCCGGCCAGGGUCUGCCGUUGCCGUCGUCGUCGCACAAGAUGCACCACUUGAGCAAGAUCAACUCGUCGGAGAACGGGUCAGAGGCGCUGCCGUCGUCCAGCAAUAGCGGUCCGUCGACGCCUCCGGGCUCGAGCAGUGGCGUCCCGACGGGAGCGUCGACACCGAACGUGAAUGGCUCGUCGACGUCCAAGCAGAGCAAGGUGAAGUGGGCUCUGACGUACACGAACAGCAACAAGGGCCCGGGAGUGGCGGACACGGAGCGUCCGGUGGUGGAGAUGUUCCAUACGUUGGACCACCAGAGCGUGGUGUGUUGCGUGCGUUUUUCGGCGGACGGGACGAAGUUGGCGACGGGGUGCCACAAGACGGCGCAGGUGUUUGACGUGCAGACUGGCGCGCGCACAUUUUGGGUGCAGAGGCCAGCGAUCAAGGAGACGGCGGCGCCUGCAAACGAGGCGGAAGACGCGUAUGUCCGUGCUGUGUGUUUUUCGCCGGACGGCACUAAGUUGGUGGCUGGGAUGCCCCAGAACACGAUUCGAAUUUGGGACAUGGCGUCGAACGAAGAGGCGCCGCCGCUCAUCGGCCACGACGCCGAGAUUUAUUCGCUGGACUAUGUGGGCAACCACAUUGUGUCGGGGUCGGGCGACCGAAAGGUGCGACUCUGGGACGCUCGCACGGGUCAGUGCCAGGCUGUGUUUGGCAACGAGAGCGGAGGUCCGUCGGAUGGUGUGACGAACGUGGCGUUGUCGCCGGACGGCCGCUUGUUGGCCGCGGCGUCGCUGGACAAGGUCGUGCGAAUCUGGGACACCCAAACGACCGAGUUGAUGGAUCGAUUGGAAGGUCACAAUGAUUCAGUGUACUCAUUGGCAUUUUCCCCGGAUGGCAAGAACAUUAUCUCUGGCUCACUGGACAAGAACAUCAUGUUGUGGGACGUGUCGGCAUCCGGACGCACGACGGCUCGUCCUCGCUUGCUCUUCCAAGGCCACAAGGACUUUGUCUUGUCCGUGGCUUAUACUCCCGAUGGACGUUGGGUCAUGAGCGGAUCAAAGGACCGGUCUGUUAUGUUUUGGGAUUAUCGUACUUCGCGACCCGUGUUGACCAUCAGCGGCUACCGCAACUCGGUGAUCAACGUGCAUUCGUCGCCAGCGUCGCCGUAUUUUGCCACGGGUAGCGGCGACUCGUUCGCGUGUAUCUGGAAAUACCAGUGCCAAACAAUUUAA